GGAUCGCUCCACCGACGCGCCCCCCUGAUUGAAGAAGCCGAAGGGAAGAACUUCUCUGGUGGGAAAACCUCUUCCCACCAGUCUCGGCCGCGCACCGUCCGCGACCGAACCGCAUCGCCGCCGCCGCCGCCGACCGUGGGUGGCCGCGCUCCGCAUGCCGGCGUCCUGACCCGAUCGUCCCCGGCGGUCCCCCGAGGCGCGCUCUCCAUCGGCGGCGAUCAUGACGUCCUCCGGCGGCGGCAGGUACAUGGCCUACUCGCCGUCCCCUUCCACCGCCCCUCACUCUCCUCACCUCUCCGGCCUCCGCUCCACCUCCUCCGCUAUCGCCGAGCAGGAGAAGUAUAUCAAUGAACUACUAGCAGAACGCCUGAAAUUAAGUCCAUUUAUGGCUGUACUUCCAACUUGCUAUCGUCUGUUGAGCCAAGAAAUAGUGCGUGUAACUACACUCUUGGAGAAUGCAUCAGUUUUAGGUCAAAGUGGGCUUGAACAUGCUAGCCCCCUGGCUUCAGGAGGGAUUUUUUCGAAUGGAGGAGCAGAAUUGAAUGGAUGGCCAUCAAGGUUUCAAUCAGAACCGUCAUUAGCACAAAAUUGGAUGAGUUCUCAGGUUAGUUCAUCCGGUCUUCUUGUCAAGAAAACAGUUCGAUUGGAUAUUCCAGUUGACAAAUUUCCCAAUUACAACUUUGUUGGGCGCCUCCUUGGCCCUAGGGGAAACUCUCUUAAACGAGUGGAAGCAAGUACUGAGUGCCGCGUUCUAAUCAGAGGCCGAGGCAGCAUUAAAGAUCCUGCUAGGGAAGAAAUGAUGAGAGGCAAACCAGGAUAUGAGCAUUUGAAUGAACCGCUUCACAUCCUCAUUGAGGCUGAAUUACCUAUUGAAAUAAUUGAUGCUCGCUUAAUUCAAGCUCGUGACGUACUGCAAGAUUUGCUUAAGCCAGUGGACGAAUCUCAGGAUUUCUACAAGAAGCAGCAGUUACGUGAGCUAGCAAUGCUCAAUGGUACGCUUCGUGAUGAGAGUUCUCCUAUGUCUGGUUCUGUGUCCCCCUUCAACACAAGCCUCGGAAUGAAGAGGGCCAAGACCAGGGGGUGAUUAAUUUUGCUAGCGGGCAUUUGGAUAUUGUGUGAGUUUCUGGCUGUGAGGGGUAGGUGUGAUGGUCAACACCUCCGACUGCCCCUGGUCACUGCCGCCACAGAUUUCCCAGACUAGUCUCCAAAUACGAUACGUAAUGUGUUGCCUGGGAAUGGUUGCUUACGCUAAAACCCAGGAACUUGCCCUCAAGUUCUGAGGUUUGGGUCUUUGUGUUGUUUUAGGUAAAGUCCUAGUCGAGAAAUUGCCGGUCGAGGUUGUCGUUAGUAUGAGGAGGCUCUUUAGUAGUAACUUGUGAUAACAGUUUUGGGAAUGUUAAUGGGGGGGGGUUUCUCUGAGAAGGCCGAGGUCUGGAUCGUACACAGAGGAAGACAAAAGUGUGAUGUGCUCUGGUUUCUGUCUGGAUUGGAGUGUGUUGUAGUAGUGAGCGUAGUCAUAUUAAUAUUUGCUGAAACAUAUUCUUUAUUAUUAAAAGCUUUACUGACUGCAAUCAA